AUGUGCAAAAUCACCGAAAGGAUUGAAGAUCUCAGACGUGCCGGGUGGCGGCUCGAUUCUUAUUCCAACUUUUGCCAGCUUGGGCAUCCUAGCAAGCACUCCACGCAUGCAACUAUAGGCGCUCACGCCCGAAAGCGUGACAAGUCUGGAAAUCGACUUUGGAAUCUCGCCGUCAUACGUGAUGGCAAGGUACCUCAGCCGGACGAGACAGAGCAGUUGGUCCGGGAACUCGUAAAAACGAAGAGCAAGCGAAUCCAGCACACGAAGCAGCUUAAAAGGCCGGAAAUCAGCCUCUACCGGCCUCGGCUGGCGGCGGAUGCCCCGAGGGAAGCUAUUGGCGUGCAACUUGCUUAUCACGUGGCAAAACUCGUCGUCACGGGCAACAGCAACGCAAAAACACCGAUAGACAACAUGAACACGGCAAGUCUUGGCCCCACCAACAGAUCUCCGGUCCCGAACCAACACGAGGCUCUUGGCAACAAGCUCGUUCAGAUAGAAAUCGGCAGUUGCCUCCAGGCUGCGGGAACUCGACCUCUCUUUUUCAACGAAUCCCUCAGCAAUCCAGGCUUGGACGAGCAGAUUCAGGUAACUCGGACUCAGAGCGGCCGAGAGGCCCUUGUUGUCGAACAAGCUGUCGCUUUCUUCAAGCGCCCGCCAUCUCUCGGCCGUUUUUUCUUCACCACGCAGGAGCUUCCCGACGUGGAGGAUUGCAAGCGGAAGCCCCUCACAGCCGCUCGCGAUCAUCCUCCCUGCCCUCUCGAGCUCGUAAGGGCAGUCGUGACAGCUGGCACCGAACACUGCCCGGCGGAGCAGCUGCCAGCUGGCGUCGUCGUCCAGGAACGGAUCCCUAAGCACGUGAUGGGGCAAAGCACGCAGAGCGCCCACUAG